AUGUGGCCAUUAACAUCAUCAAGAAAUAGAGAUCAUUAUCGAAUAAUUGAUGGUGAAAAUGAGAAUUUAAUUCAAAGCCGGUAUGGAGCUAUUGAUGUUGAUCCUGAUGAAGAUUUAAAUUCUCCACCACAUUCACAUUUAGUUAUGGAUUCAUCGGCACCACAACCUUCCUCAUCUUUCCCAUUUCAUUCGUCUUUUUCAUUUUCUCGCAACAAUAAAUGGGAUCAUAUCCAAAAUCUUGAUGAAUUUUUUACAACAAUUUAUGAAUAUCAUCAAGGAGCUGGAUUUUUGACAAUAGCCGUAACUCAUACGUAUUACUCAGUUUUAUUUUAUGAUAAACAUGUAAAUACUAUGGGGAAAAAUAUAACGGGGAAAAUUCAUAUAUCAGAUGCAAUUUAUCCUAAUUGUUCAAGUCAAUUUAGUUUUUUUACCUGGAUUACCAUAUUAAUUGCUUUGAUUUUUUGGUGUAGACAAACUUGGUUAAGAAUAACAGAUGAUGAGAUAACUAAUGUUACAUGGCAAGAAGUUUGUCGGAGAGUUUGCCAUGUUCAAUCUAAAAUUCAUCUUGUUAUAAAUAAAGAUAAAAUUACACCUUUAGAUAUAUACAUGAGAAUUAUGCGUCAUGAAAAUUAUUUUAUAGCUAUGGUAAAUAGAAACUUGUUGCCUUUAAGUGUUAGAUUGCCAUUUGAUGUUGAGAUACCUUAUCUUUCUAAAACAUUGCGAGAUAAUUUAAAUUGGCUUAUAUUUAAUGGACCAUUUUCUUUAUGGUUUGGUGCUUAUGCUUUAAAGCCAUCAAUAAAAGAUCCAAGAAAGUUAGAUGAUAUUUCAUUAGAAUUUGAAAAAACUAUUUACUAUGCUGGAAUUGCCAAUUUAAUUUUUUUCCCUUUCACAUUUAUAUACCAAUUUUUGUAUACAUUCUUUCAUUAUGGACAUGCUAUUAGAACAAAACUUAAAUUAAGACAUUUUAAUGAAUUAGACCAUGAAUUAAAUUUAAGACUUAACAAAAGUUAUAAAUAUGGUCUAGAAUAUUUAAAUCAAUUUAAGUCAACAUUGGUAGAUGUUAUUGUUAAAACAAUUGCAUUUACCUCUGGUACAAUUUUUAUUAUUAUUUUAAUUCUUGCCUCAAUUGAUGAAGAUGUAAUUUCACGGGUAGAACAUGUUGUUACUAUUAGAUUUAUUUCUGGUAUAAUUGCAUUUGUUGCUGGAUCUUUAAUAUAUGAUGAAAAUACUAUAUGGAAUCCAAGUCAAAAUUACUUUAUUGACAAUGCUCAUACGGAAAAAGUACGAAAAGAAUUUAAUUCAAUGUUUCAGUUUAAAGUUUUAUAUAUUUUUGAAGAAUUACUUAGUCCAAUAUUAACACCAAUUGUAUUACUUUUGUAUAUUAAACCUCGAACAAAAGAAAUAGUACAAUUUUUCCAUUUAUAUACUGUAAAUUUAGAUGGUAUCGGUGAUGUUUGUUCAUUUUCAGAAAUGAAUAUUGAAAAACACGGUGAUGGGGAUAUUAUGACAUCAAUUUCAUCAGAAUCAGGAGAAGAUAUACCUUUUCCAUUUGAAAUUGAUAAAAUUGCCAAAGCAUAUCAGCUUAAAACAGAAUUAUCUUUACUUAAUUUUGUAGCAAACAAUCCCGAUUGGGAACCACCAGAAUCAGGAAAAGUUUUUAUUAAGAAAUUUAAUAAGGCAAAAGAAAUUAAUGGUUAUAGUAUAAAUAUUAAUAAUAUUACAAGUACUCAUGAAGAGAAAAAUUUGGAUAUAUCUUCAAAGGAAGAUACAUUACUUCCGCCAUUAGAUGAUUUAGUGGAAGAUAUAAAUCAUGAAUGUCCAAAUAGACAGGUACCUCAUUUCAAUACUCAACCAUAUACAUCAUCAACUGGUAAAAGUUAUAUUGAAAAUACCGAAAAUUUCUCUAAUAUACCAUAUAAUAAUCAAAUUCCUUUUGCAAAACAAGUAAAUCCUAAUACAAGAGCUGGUGACGAGAAUAGUGCGUUAAACAUGAGUAUGAAUGCAAUAUAUAUGCAAAAACUUCGAAAUCAAUUGAAUACAUCUAUUGAUGGACCUUCUUACUAUGAUGAGAAUCAAUCAUUUAGAAAUAAUAGUCGAACAUCUAGUCAAAUUGCAAAUUCAAGUAUCAUGUUUCACAGUGCAAGAGGACUAAGAGCCUGGGGAGUACCAAAUGAAUCAAAUUAUCAGAGAUCAUCAACCUCGAGCAUGGAUAGUAGUUUCCUAAGAACAUAUGAUAGAAAUAAUGACAAUGAACUUAGCCAAAGUCGUAUGCCAGAUAUAGAAGAACAUGAUACUAGCGAAGAAGAUUUAAUGAGACAUGAAGAUAUUCCAGGCCCAAACACUAGUAAAACAGAAUCAGAUUUAGAAGGACAAAAUAGUAAUAAGUAA